AUCAUAUUCCACAAACUAUUUUAAUUUUUUUUAUAUUUUUGACUCAUUACACUAUUUUAUAUAUUACAUUUUUUUGUUUUGUUUAUAUUAUAUAACUUAUGAAUUUAUAUCCUAUUUUUGUAACUUCUAGUAAUCUAUCGUCAUGUCGCACUUCCAGCAUCUUAUUCAAUCUUAUUUAAAGUCUAAGCCCUCAUUUUGGCCCCUAGUUCUAGGGUUUAUUUCCGCUGUUUGUUUGUACACUGUUACUGUGUAUUCUACCAGGUUAAAGAAUCGUAAAACCCAGAAGUCAAAAAAGAAUCCUGAAAACGACAAACUUGUUGUUUCCUUGUUUGCAAAUCAGACUAUUUUGCGAGAUGACUACUCCUUGAUUAAGGAAAACCUAAAACUGUUUUUAGCAAUUUGUUCCUCAACGAAACUAUACUUAAUCGUUAAGAUCCCUGAAGAAGCAGUCACCAACAAAGUAAUGGCGUCACUGGAGAGCUCAGGAGCUUUUGAUAGUGGACUAGCUAAACAUAGAGUAAUGUUCUGCCAAUCAUCCAAUGGACGGAUUUCAAUGGUCCAGCAGCUGCAACCUGAUCUUCAUGUCGAGUUGAGCAGUGAAGACGUCGAGCUGAUCAAUAGUAGGGUGUCAAGGCAGAACGUAACGACGUUUGAGAAUAUGGAGAGUAUUUUAAACACUCAAAGUGAUAAAUGUGUUAAAAAUUAA